CAUUAGACAAUCUCCACAAGCAACACCAAACGGCUCUUUACGCCGUAGGACUUUGGAUAAGUCAGAAAAGGUGACGUUGGAACCAUGCAAGGAGGUUUUAUUUAUGCAAUCGUGACAUCGCUUUUUGACGAGUAAUUUUGGUAAUCUACCAAUUUACCAUUUGGAAGUCAACCCUCUUCCAUUUUGAUGAAUUUUUGAACCUCGCACCACAAGUGAUGGACAAAUAUUUGUGAUCUAUAUUAUUGACAACAGCGGAGUAGCAACAGUGAUGAGGACGAUACGUGGAAAACAAAUGUCGAACAUCUCUAAAGUGUUGUUCAAACUUUGUGGACCAUUUUAGUGGCAACAUUUUCGCAUUUUCUAGAGAUAAAGCAUCACCCCGCGUGGAACUGAAUCCAACACAAAUUAGUUUCGUAAUGGAUCGCAUGAACAGUCAAAUCAAGAGAAACUUUUCUAUCUGAUUUCUCACGAGGAAUCCCAACAAAUUCCAGCUUUCAGAGCUUGCUUGACAGCAUGGAUUCAUUGAGAUAUGCCAGGCAUGGCUUUUACAUUGCAUGCCUUUUCUUCUUCUGGAGGAGCGCAGCAGAUCAGCCCAGCCUGACAGGCCAACAACAGUCUGGCAAUGGAUUGUCCGAACUAUGUGGUAUCGAUGAGCUUCUUUGCCAUGAUGAGAAUGCUCUGCUGAGUUUUGAGGCCAUCCGGAGCAUUCACAAAGACAUGGACGAUGAUGCAGAUGGCAGUGUGGAUGUGACAGAGACAGAUGAGUUCCUGAGGGAGGACUUAAAAUAUCAUGACUCCAAAGCAAAACACAACAACUUCCAUAAAAUAGAUCUGCUGAUCACGGUGGAGGACAUGUGGAACUCCUGGAAGGCGUCUGAAGUGUAUAACUGGACAGUAGAGGAAGCCGAGGUGUGGCUCAUCAGCUGUGUGGAUUUACCGCAGUAUGCUGAUUCCUUCAGGAAAAACGGCAUCAGUGGCAAAGCUCUACCAAGACUUGCAGUGAAAAACACCACCCUGCUUCUGACAGUGCUGAAGAUACUGGACCGCAGUCAUGCAAAGAAACUGCAUCUGAAGGCUCUGGACACAGUCCUCUUUGGACCUCCACUAAUGAGCAGACACAGUCACUUAAAGGACUUAAUGUUGGUGGUGUCCAUUGUGAUUGGAGUGGGGGGCUGCUGGUUUGCCUACAUGCAGAAGCGAAACUCUACGGACCACAUGGGCAAGAUGAUAAAGGACCUAGAGGGGCUACAGAGAGCUGAGCAGAGCCUCCUGGACCUGCAGCAGAAGCUGCAGAUCGCACAGGAAGAACACCUCACGGUGGAGUUUGAGAAGGUCAACCUGGAGCAUGAGUUACGAAAUGAGAUAAACGCAGCCAAGCAGGAGGCACAAAGGCUCAAAGAACUGCGUGAGGGCACAGUGAACGAGCUGAGCAGACAGAAAUAUGCAGAGGAAGAGUUGGAACAGGUGCGCAUGGCUCUGAGGAAAGCAGAGAGGGAGCUGGAGUCGAGGAGCAGCUGGUCUCCUCCUGAAGCUCUGCAAAAAUGGCUACAACUCACUCAUGAGGUGGAGGUACAGUACUACAACAUAAAGAAGCAGAAUGCAGAAAGACAACUCAUCAUGGCUAGAGAAGGGGCAGAAAAGAUUAAGAAGAAGAGAGGAUCACUGUUUGGAACAUUCCAGCUGGCUCACAGCUCUUCAUUGGAUGAUGUUGAUCACAAAAUCCUGUCAGCCAAACAGGCUCUGGGUGAGGUCACUGCCGCGUUAAGAGAAAAGCUCCAUCGCUGGCAGCAGAUCGAGAUUUUGACAGGUUUAAAUAUUGUAAAUAACCCUGGCAUGUCCUCUCUGGCCUCUGCCCUAAACCUUGACCCUGCUUUCCUGGGCAUCCGCCCCACCACACCUCAGCACCUGCUGCUAUCUGAUGACCUAGACGAUAUGGACGAGGACAUACUUUCCACAGGAACCAUGCAAUAUGCCGCAUGGCAGAUGGACCGGCGAGUGAGCGACCUUUGGCCUGUUGGGUCCGAGAGCCAAACCCUGUGGAAACAUUCUGCUCCCAGUCUCAUGUCCCUCCGGCCUCGACACGGAGACGCCUUGCUGAACCUAAGCUCACAGAGGGAUCUGAACCGGUCGGAAUCGGAUUCCUCCCUCUCGAGGUCUCAGCCAGCUGGGGAGACCCAUCACUACUCCUCUACUCCACUGUACAAUACACUUUCCAGGUCCAAUGGGGGUUCCUCCACAGACAGCCCACUACUGAAGAAAAAGACCUUUGGCAUGGAGAAGUGUGCCAGUCUUGGAGAGAUCCACUCUCAGCCAUCCAGUAUCACCUCAGUCGAGUCUUCUCGCUCUCUUUUCUAUACCUCUACUGAACCGGAUGGCCCCUCAGUGAGGACCAGCAGUCGUAUCACUCAAAUCCCAGGCAAGAAGAACCUGGUGGAUGAGGACAGUGGAUCUACAGGGGAAGACACUGAGGGCUCCAGCUCUGGCCGCAAGAAGCACACCUUUCCCAGAAUCUUUAGAAAAUUAAAGAAAUAACUACACCAAUGGAAUCCCCUAUUUAAGGCCUUUAUGGAUUUUCCAUUGUAAGAGAGUAAUGUAAAUAAGAGUUUUAAAAAGUCACACACAAAAGGACUUGGGGGGGGGGGGGGGCUGUUAAGACAGAAUGUGUGAUUGCAUUACAAAGAUCAAGAUUCAGUGCAACAAUUGAAACCGAAUGCAGGUGUCUUGAGGCACAUUUUUAAGUUGAUGGUGUUUAAAAACGUGCCGCUGAGAAACAGUGAGAUGCACCACAGUGGAAAAAGACAUCAGUCUAGCUCAUGUUUACAAAAAAGUAUUCAGUGUUCAAUACAAGUUAAGCUCAGGCGACAGCAUUUGUGGUAUAAUGUUGAUUACCACAAAAAUAAUUUUGACUCAUCCCUCCUUAAAAAAAAAUAACAGAAGUCUGAGUUCCAGUGAGGCUCUUACAAUGGAAGUGAAUGGGACAAUCCAUAAACAUUCAAAUACUCACUGUUUCAGAGGUAUAGCCACAAGAAGUGAACAAUAUGUAUGUUAGUGUGAUAAAAUCACUUACUAACUCUUUCUGUGUAAUGUUACAUAUAAUUUUACAUCUACAUUUCUAAGCCGUAAACCCUAAAACGACCAUAAAAAAUCUCUAUAUAAACAACUUUACAACUCAAGUUAUACAUGAGUUGGACAUGAACAGGAGAAUUAAUGUAAGUGCUUUUAUAAAAUUAUAAGUUUCACUUUUCUGCCUUUUUAUAAACCCUCCAAAAUCUGGCCCCAUUAACGUCCAUUGUAAGUGCCUCACUGUAACCUCGAAUUUUGUGGAAAUCAACAUUACCCCGAAUAAUCCUUUAAGACUAGCACGGUGGUACUUUUAAUCCUCAUCAUUGGGAGCAUCUUUUCGAAGAAUUUUAUACUUUAGAAAAUAUAUUAUUUAGAACACGUCAUUUAUGUUGCAUUUUUGACUUAUAGUUUGUGUUGACCAGUGGAACAGAAACAGUCAUUUGUUGGGAACAGGUAUAAUGUCACUGUAAAUGUUUUUGUCUAGUUACUUCAACAAAUAAGUGCACUUGAUGGCAUUUCCAUUUGAGUGUUUCAUCUAUUUUUAUUAUGAGCUUUAGCUUUCACUCUCAAUGGACUGAUUUACAAACGCCUCGGUGCAUGCAAAGGUUUUCUGCACAUACAAAUGACUCAAGCCUGCCCUUUGGCAUGUUGUUUUACAUAGGAUUUGCUUGGACUUUUACCUUUUCAUGUGGUACUGCAAUGCUUCAAGGAUAACAACUUAGCUACAAAUAUGAACACCAUCCAUUUCUUAAGAAAGAUUAGAGACAUCAGAAUACUUAAAUAUACUAAAUAUAUACACAACCACAUACUAAAAAUAAACAUUGAAUGCCAGUAUGAGGAAUGAGCAUCUAUGUACUUGUAUUGACUGACGGGUGCUAAAUAUAUAUUUUCUUUGCUUUUGAUUUGACUCCUGUUGCCAAAAUGGUUAGAGGAAAUUGGAGUAUUUCUCUAUAAAAGCAUUGCCAAAUGUUUUGCCGUGUACUCCCUGUAUGUGUUAACAGACCAUGACGUGUAGCGUAGUUCUCAUACUCAUUUCUGUCUCUCGUGUUCUACAUGUAACUACAUGCCUCUAACUCCCAAGUCCUUUCAUUAAAAUACUGAAAGAAAAAAGGGUGUUUUGUUCAUUCAGAUGUGGAAUGCUCACAUACUGUGCACUGGGGAGUUUAAUGACAAAUCUUCACAACAAUAUACUUUUACUUGAGAAGCACCAUUGUGAGAUAUUAAGUCUUGUUUCUAUAGAAUUCUAGCAAUGCUAUAAUGCUUACAACAAGAAAAAAGCUAUUUGCCAGUGGGGUAAGAAAAAUCAACUCAAUUCAAGGGAGUUAUUUUUCUAACCCACUGGCAGAUAUUUUUGUCUUAAACCUCAAUAAAUGUCAUUAGAUUUAACUGAAAACAAGACUGUCAUUUUGCAUUCUCUAAAUGAUUUACUGUGCUCUGAAUUUAUAACUCGUCCUGUUCAGCAUGCAUGUUUUGAUUAACAUUUUCUUUGCACCAUGGCUCAAAUAAAUUGAAGUGUAAAUUAUGUCAUUUUGAAACCUUCCCAUGAAGUAGCUGAGCUAUUUUUGU